CUCAGCGAAAGUAGUCGUUCAAUUUCAGUUUCCAAAUCCCAACGUCAAGGCCAUAGCACCCGGGAACAUAUAAAUAUUCCCAGCUCAUACCGACCAAUAUAACAACACCAACAGCUAAUUUGUUAUUUUGUUCUUCAACAUUCUUUAGCAUUUGUUCUCCAACAUUGAGGACCAUGAAUACAGACUGGAUGCCCACCCUGUGGUCAGAGUGUUUUGAGGAGAUGUUGGAUGUGGAGCUGGGCAGCAGUGACCAGUGGGCUUUCCACUUCAACUACGGCCUGACAGAAACACUCACCAAGGAGGAGAGGAGGAGAAGAUGGCGGGUGUACAGCCACUGUGCCAACGGACAGUUCCAGUGUGGUGAGUGUUCUAAGACAUGGCCGUCGGCACGGGUGGUGGUAGUGUUCCGUUAUCGGCUGUGGGAUGAGACAGGCCGGGGGACCGUCCUGAUGCGGCCUUUCGGCCAGGCAUGCAGACGCUGCCGGGAAGAGUUUGAACUUCCAGGCUUUUCAAAGAAUGAGGUGGAAGAGGCACUGCUUCGGCUGUUUGUAAAGAUUAGGAAGAACUGCUACGGAGAGGAGGAGGAAAAGGAGGAGGAGGAGGAAGGGUCAGAAGGAUCAGAGAGGGUGUGGAAGAGGCCCCAUGAGAAAGCCCUGUGUGAGGCCUGCAGACUGGGAAUCUGCUGUCAAGAACAGUAGAGGAGAGAGAGGGGGGGGGGGGGGGGCACAUAGCCUAAUGUUGUCUAGAAUUCGUUGUAAAAAUAUUCAAAACAGCCCUAUCUAUAAUGUUGUGCUAUGGACUUUAGAGUUGUGUAAUAAACAUGUAUUAUGUGUAAUAAACAAAAUCGGAAGACUUU